AUGGCCGCUCCCCGCUCCUCCUCCCUGCGCGCCCUGCGUGUGCUCUCCCAGCAACACUCUACCACCACCGCUGCUGCCGCGCCUGCCCGCCGCAACCUACACAUCACCGGCGUUCACUCCGCCCAACCUGCCAACCCGGCCGAUAAGGCCUCGCUCUACUCCGCUCGCAGCGUGCCAGAUCUCAAGCUCGAGUGCCAGCGCCGCUCCCUGCGUUCUGCCGGUAGCCAGUCUGAGCUUAUCGAGCGUCUCUCCAACCAUGACGUCCUGCAAUCCCGAGCUUUUAGCAUUGCUAUGCGUCGUAUAAACGGGAGCGCUUUCUCUGACACCCCAACAACCCGCCCCUUCAACACAUCCCGCUCCUCCAAAUCCAUCCACGACACCUCCCCGGUCGACCUAGUCUACAUGCCCUCACUAGCAGACCUCGACGCACCAUCUGCACCCUCAUACCCCCGCGUCCCGAUCCUCCCCGACCUCUCAUCCUCGUCACCCGUUUCAUCUUCGCAGUCCCCCCACCCCUACUCCGGCGCCCCACCCAUGAAGCCCCAGAUCUACACCGUGGCCGGUGCCGGCGCCGACGUCGCAGCAAGCCCUAUGAGCGAGGUCACCGAUAACCACGCUGUGGAUAUUGAUCCCUUUUCGCUGACUGAGGCUGUUGGGCGCUCUCGCGUGGGCGAGGAACUCAGCAGGGGUGAGAAGGGGCGACGGGAGCCGGGCAUUGUUAGGGAGCUUUGGACGGGGUUUUUGGAUGAUGUUCUUGGGCCGAAGGAGGUUCCGCGUAGGACUUAG